GGAGAGCGCUCACCAGUUGCCCUCAGCAGCGCAGCCUCAUUCCUCCACAGUCGGGUUAAGAGCGUCUCCCGCCUCGCUCCAAUUAACAUCCGCAGGUACUUAAAUUUAGUUUAGCUCGUUUUUCUCCAAAAGCGCGCAACUCCACUUUGCAUUGUCACCAAGUUUUCCAGCGCGCCCUGAAUUCCUCCGGGGUGUAAUGAAGACUAAAAACGACGGGUUGACUCCAGCGCGGCGGUAUUAAAGCGGUCCUCAGGUGUGGCGAAAGCAGAUCGGUAAUUAGCCUGGAGGACGGAGAGGAUGGCAGCGCACGCAGCGAACUGGAGCGCGCAGGAGUUGUUGUCCGUGUGCGGGGAGCACGGAAACGUGAGCGUGGGGAACAUCAGCGUGGAACUUAUGGAACAGAACACGACCUGCUCCAACAGCUCCGCACUGAACCGACCGGCUACCAGAGCCCGAGAGAUGGACUCCUUCCGUAUCCUGCUCUACUCGCUUAUCUUCCUGCUCAGCGUCUUCGGCAACCUGCUGAUCAUCGUUGUCUUGAUGCUGAACAAACGCAUGCGGACCGUCACCAACUCCUUCCUGCUGUCGCUGGCGGUCAGCGACCUGAUGAUGGCCAUCUUCUGCAUGCCCUUCACGCUCAUCCCAAAUAUCCUGGAGGAUUUCAUCUUUGGGGCCACAUUGUGCAAGAUAGUCACCUACCUAAUGGGCGUCUCUGUCAGCAUCUCCACCUUCAGCCUGGUGGCCAUCGCCAUCGAGCGGUACAGCGCCAUCUGUAACCCGCUCAAGUCCCGCGCCUGGCAGACCCGCUCCCACGCCUACCGCGUCAUCGCCGCCACCUGGGUGGUGUCGCUGCUCGUCAUGGUGCCCUACCCCAUCUUCAGUACCCUCAAGCCCUUCCCCAAGGACAAUGGGACGGUGGGGAACAUGUGCCGCCUGGACUGGCCCAGUGAGCAAGCAGAGCAGACCUGGUAUGUUCUGCUGCUGUUCAUUCUGUUCUUCAUCCCGGGCGUGGUGAUGAUUAUAGCCUACGGUCUGAUCUCCAGGGAGCUGUAUCGAGGCAUUCAGUUUGAGCUGAGCCAGAACAAAGAGACCGCUGGCCAGAAGAAUGGUGUAGGCAGGGCUACGGCAGGGCCAAGUGAGGAUGACGAUGGCUGCUACAUCCAGGUUUCCAAAAAGCCAUCAUUUGCUGUGGAGCUUCCCACCCUCUCGUCCUCAACGACAACCAUCCUGAACAAAGCUGAGCGUGCCCGUAGCAACACCUCCCAGGCUAAGCUGCAAGCCAAGAGGCGAGUCAUCCGCAUGCUGAUGGUGAUCGUGGCUCUCUUCUUCAUCUGCUGGAUGCCCUUGUACUCCGUCAACACCUGGAAGGCCUUCGACCUCAAGUCCGCCGCCAUCGCCCUCACUGGAGCGCCCAUCUCUUUCAUCCACCUGCUCUCCUACACGUCGGCCUGUGUCAACCCCAUCAUUUACUGCUUCAUGAACACACGUUUCCGCAAGGCGCUGCUGUCCACGUUCGCCUGCUGCUGCCGCAACCGCCUUUGCCGCCGGAUCUGGUGGCGCCGGAGGAGAGAGGGGGAAGACGGCAUCAACGCCACCUCCAUGGGCACAUCGAUGGUGACCUCCAUGUCCAAGUUUAGCUACACCACUGUCAGCACCGUUGGUACCUGCUGAGCCUGAAGGGGAGUGAGGUGGUCGUAUCGGAGGCUGUCAGCAGGCAGCGUUGAGUACACCAUCUGUCUUUUCAAUCUUCCGUUUGUCAGUCCUCAUCCUAAUAUGCUGAGUCACAAGCUGAGUAAUAUCCACGUCCUCUUUUAAAGGCCUCUCUGAAAAGGUCCUGCUCAAAUUCUGUGUGCAUGAUUGCAGAAAGCAAGGCGUGGAAAGCGCCGUUUCAACGUGGUGACAUUCUUUUACCUCUUUUAAUUGGCAGCAACCGCCUUAUUGCAUCCAAAAAGAGAACAUCAAGUGCCUGUGCUCUUGUAGCUUUGUUUGUCAUGAUUUCUUGUUCAUUUGGUGGAAUGAACCUCUCUUGGUUAAAACAAAAGUUACAAACUGUAUACAUAAAUAUUGUCUUUAUGUUGUGAAUGUGCCAAUGAAAAAUGUUUUGUUAGAAAAAUUUCUCAUUACACUUUUAGCUUCUUUUGAGUUCAUUGCUGUGUAACACCAUAUUUUUUUCUGAAAGUCUGCUGUGCCUUACAAAGGAUAUUAAAACCUCUUGAGCUUUUCCAGCUUCUCUCAACCACAACAGCAAUGUAGCAAUGAGAACAAUGAGUAAUUGAGAUAUAGUGGAAAGUGUUCUAGUUUUAUAAACUAACCAUAAUUUAAAUGUCUCUCAGUAACUUUCUCCUUGACCUGUGGCCAUUGGUCUGUAUGGUGCUGUUUGUUCAAUAAUGUUCAGCUAAGUUAAUAUUUGUAUUAAAUUAUUUAUAGCUAAGAUUACUAGCUUUGGGGUAAUUGGUUGCAUCAAAUGUAAUUUAUGGGUGUCAGUGUGAAGUGGACUGAGUACAAAUACAUUACUGUUACAAUACUGUUAUUCAUAAACACUUAAAAACCCAAUGAAAUUAAUCAAAAUUAGUGGUGCCUCUAGCAAGACAUAAAGGACUAAUUCAAGUUUCAGGUGUAAUAUCACCUUUGUAAGGCACUGCAUUGUCAUUCAGUGAAUAAUCUAAUUUAUUUUCUAAAAGAAAUCAUUUGAACUUUCAGAUAUUCAUGAGCGCAGCCUAGCUGCCCACAAUCAAUUACGUUAAAAUAACUGAAGUCUACUGUAUGAACACGAUUCUCUUUGUCUGAUUAAGAAGAAUAGCUAAGGAGAAGAGCUAAAGAAAAAGUAGAAUUAUAAUAUUUUGAAUUAUCUGAGUCCAAAAAAGGACCCAGAAUAAAGUUUUCCCUUUGUCAUGUUUCUCAAGCAGGCAAUGCGAAAUGUGUGAUAUGCUAGCAUGUUGUAGGUAUGCAGUGUGAUAUUCCAUUGCAAAUAACCACAAGGUUUGAAAACUUCAUUUUUCCAAUUUAAAUUUUCUUUGUUACUGUCUUAUCUGAGCAUCAAGCACAGCGUGGAACAGUUUAUCCCAAAGGGUCUUUCCGGCAAUGCAAAGGACAGACUUUAGGUGUGCUAGGAAGAAAGCUACAAAAGGAACAUCUUGCUUCUCCCUCGAAUGGGAGAAAGUUACUAAAGGUUGAGAUUGUGUUGGAAAUAAAAAGAAGAAAGAUUGGUCUAGGAUGUCUUUGCACUGGGUUUUUUUUAUUUAUUUUAUUUCAGUUUAUCAUGUUAUUCUUCCAGUUUUAUCUAUACACUAAUUUUCACCUGUAGUCCUGGCUGCAUGAUGGAUAUAGAACUACAGUAAAACAUUAAAUCACCUGAUUUAUUCAAUUACAAGAUAAGAACCAGACAUGACUGCCUUUGCUGCAGCAUUAUGCUAGCAGGGCAUGAUCUUCAUAAGCAGAUACAACCUGAUGGGAUCCAAUAGAGCUGUGACCCUAUGGGGCCCAGAGGGUCAAGAUAUUGUGGCCAUGCAGUGGAUAUGAAGUGUCUGCUCCCUUUAUAGUAAAAUGCCAGGCUUUUGUAAAGAGAAAUGAGAUAACGAUCAAUCAUUUCGAUUAUUUGUUGGAGGGGAAAAUUAGAAUAAAAAGUGCUACGACCUUUUUAUCAAACACUCAGUUUUAAUUACUGUUAUUUUUAAUUUUCUCCAUUUAUUGAUGACUAUCUUUACUGUGCAUUUUUUGUACCCUUCUCCUUACUAAUUCCUUUGUACAAUUUGGACAAUUUUACCUGAAACUAAGAAAUUACAAAGGCUCAAAAGUCUUGAGAGCUAAACUUUAUUUCUGGUCCAAGUGUGAAUUCAAGUAACCUGAAACUGAAUCAAAAAGAUUCCUCUGAUGGUGUACAGACUCAUGCAACCAUGUCUGCUCCUUUCACAUUAAAGGCUGACUUUUUCUAUCCACUGCAUGUGAUGAGAUGAUCAUGGAAAGCCUCCCAUUUUCCAAACCGUUUUGUGGGUUUUACUCAGUGUGAAGUCCACCUUAACAUCAAACAUGAAGUGCAGGAAGGGAAAUAAAUGUAAACAUUAAAUAUUUGAUGUGGAAAAUGUGUGUGUAAAUGUCCAUGACUAUGUAGACAAUGGUUGUUUAAUGUUGUCCAAAAGUGUUGUUGGUGUGCUAAUGCUGUUGUGUCGACAAGUAAUAAUUUAAUAAAAAUGAAAGCAGAAAAAACUUGAGCUAAAA